AAAUGAAAAAGGUGUAAAACAUUCGCCAACAAGUCAACAGAGUUUUUGUCUGUUAACUUUCUGAUCUGCAAAACACUAUUUCUCCAAACAAAUUUGCGCCAACGAUUCCUCCGCAGAUUUCCAUCCUUCAUCUCCAGCAGCUCGCACACAUACCACGGCUCCCUACAGAUUCAACUCACAAAGUUACUCGCAAUAGCAAAAAUCCCCCAAAAAUGGGCGGUUGUUUCAGCAAGAAAAAUCACUCUACCUCCGACGCCAAUGGCUACACCUCCGCUGCAGGGGCCAGCGCAGGUUACCAGCAAAUCAACCACGAUUACCAAAAACCGGCGGCGCACCACCACCCGCCGCCUCCUCCCGCCGCCGCCGCAGCAGCUCAGAGAUUGGAGCCGAACAACAUUCUCGGAAAGCCAUUCGAGGACGUUAAGUCGAAAUACUCGGUGGGGAAGGAAUUGGGGAGGGGCCAAUUUGGGGUAACCUACAUGUGCACGGAGAUCGCGACGGGGCAGAGCUACGCCUGCAAAUCGAUUCUGAAGAGGAAAUUGGCGAGCAAGAGUGAUAAGGAGGAUAUGAAGAGAGAGGUGGACAUUAUGCAGCAUUUGAGCGGGCAGCACAACAUUGUCGAGUUCAAGGGCGCCUUUGAGGAUAGGCAAUCGGUGCAUCUGAUCAUGGAGGUGUGCCGCGGGGGCGAGCUCUUCGACAGCAUUAUCGCGCAGGGGCACUACUCCGAGAGGGCUGCCUCCGAUCUCUGCAGGCAGAUUGUGAAUGUGGUGCAGAAUUGCCAUUUUAUGGGGGUGAUGCAUAGGGAUCUCAAGCCUGAGAAUUUCUUGCUUUCGAGCAAGGAUGACAAGGCCACGCUCAAGGCCACCGAUUUUGGACUCUCUGUCUUCAUUGAGGAAGGCAAGGUGUAUCGCGACAUCGUUGGUAGUGCAUACUAUGUUGCCCCAGAAGUUCUUCGGCGAAGUUAUGGAAAGGAGAUAGAUGUAUGGAGUGCUGGUGUCAUUUUGUACAUCCUCCUCAGUGGUGUGCCUCCAUUUUGGGCUGAGACUGAAAAAGGAAUAUUUGAUGCUAUACUAAACGAAGAAGUUGAUUUUGAUAGCCAACCUUGGCCUUCAAUCUCAAACAGUGCCAAAGAUCUUGUUCGAAAAAUGCUGAACAAGGAUCCAAGAAGGAGAAUAACUUCUGCACAAGUACUUGAGCAUCCUUGGAUUAAGGGACAAGCAUCUGACAAGCCAAUAGAUGGUGCCGUACUCUCUAGGAUGAAGCAGUUCAGGGCCAUGAAUAAGCUCAAGAAACUUGCACUAAAGGUCAUUGCACAAAGUUUAUCAGAAGAAGAAAUUAAAGGUCUUAAAGCAAUGUUCACGAAUAUGGACACAGAUAAUAGCGGCACAAUCACCUUUGAAGAACUUAAAACUGGCUUGGCUCGUCUUGGAUCUAAACUGUCCGAAACAGAAGUGCAACAACUCAUGGAAGCUGCUGAUGUGGAUGGAAAUGGAACUAUAGACUACAUUGAAUUCAUCACUGCUACAAUGCACAGACACAAGCUCGAACGAGAUGAGCAUCUCUUUAAAGCGUUCCAGUUUUUUGAUAAGGAUAACAGCGGCUAUAUCACAAUGGACGAACUGGAAACUGCUAUGAAAGACUAUGGUCUGGGGGAGGGAGCUACCAUUAAAGAAAUCAUUUCGGAGGUGGAUACAGAUAAUGAUGGAAAAAUCAACUAUGAGGAAUUCUGUGCUAUGAUGAGAAGUGGAACAACACAACCAGUAAAACUCUUUUAGAGUAUCAAAUCGGAUGUUUGAUAAAGGUUGCAGAGCAGCGUGUUCUUCUUAGGUGAAUGGUGAGAUUUAUGAAGCAUUUUAGUUCUAAAUUGAAAUUUGCAACUUGUUUUUAAUUUCAAAAGUGCGAUAAUUUAUGUUGUUCAGUGUUAAUAUGAUGUUGAUUUGUGUGAAUAAGUAUGCGUUCAAUUAAGUUGAAUCUCGGGAUGGUA